CUCUCGCUGCAUACAGAAAACGUCAUUUUCAUUUUCAGUUGAAAUGGAUGAGAUUGGGAGUCUAGAAGUCAGGUGGGCACAGGGGUUUGCAAAGCAAAGAGUGGUGUUCAUUGACACGAUAACAGCAUGUUAUACGUGUGGAAACCACAUCGUUUUCCUUAACAUUGACUCCAAAAAGAGAACUGUCCUCCAAAGCCCUGGCAAAGGCAUCGGUGCAUUCACAGCCAGUGGGACUUCUAGGGUUUUGGCUGUCUCUGAGCAGAGGCUGAACCCUUCAAUAUUCGUGCUCAGCUAUCCUGAACGCAAGUUAAAACAUGAGCUGAAAGGCACAGCAACGCUUGACUAUACUUCUCUGGCGUUGAGCGAUGUCGGUCCAUACUUAUGCUGCUAUUCCUCUCUGCCAGAUCAUACCAUCACAGUGUGGAACUGGGAAAACGCAGAGAUAAUCUGUACUCAACCACAAGCUGGAAAAGAUGUAAUUUAUUUGGUUUUCAACCCAAUGAAUUGGCAGCAGAUAUGUGCUCUGGGUUCAAAAACCCUCACAGUGUGGAACAUCGAGAAGAGCGAUACACAUCACAUCCUGAUGAAAAGAGAACUUCAUCUCCCAGCAGCCGAUGGCUCCCUGAUCGAGAGAGAAGGCCCGCCCUCACACAUUGUGAACGGCAGGCUCACCUACUGGGGCCCUCAGAUGCCAGCGUCUGCUAUAGCCGGCCUAAAAGGAGUCAGGGCAGACGGCUUUAUGCCACAGGAGCGUAGGACCCCCAGACUGACCCCACUGGCCGCAUGCUGGACCCCCGCCGCUGAGCUCUACGUAGGCUGUCAGGAGGGGUACCUGCUGCUGGCCAACCCGGACGCCCCUUCUGUCCGCAUCCUGUACAACCCCACAGCUCCUGAUGCAAACCCUGAACUCAAAGAUGGUGGGUUCCAGAGUUUGGCUCUUCACAGUGAUGGCUUGUAUGUUGCAGGAAAGGAUCGUCUCCUGCACUGCUUGAAGGUAAACGGGACCAGAGUUGAGAUCUCCCAGACGCUUGAAGUGGAGGAGGCCAUCAGGACCGUUGUCUUUUCCCCUGACUACAAUUCCUUACUAUUGGUCUCAAGCUCGGGGCAGAUCUACAGACACCAACCGCUCAAGCCGGGUUCGAUGGAAAACAUCCUGGAUGUCCUCACUGGAGGGUUUGCAGCUGCAGCUUCCAUGGGCCAGGAUACGUUUGUGUCAGUGAGGGAGUGUGGUGAACUGCAGCAGUGGUCCUCUGAGGGCGAUCUGACAGGGUCACUAUCCCUUCGAACCCAGGUCUCCUGUCUAGCCUGUUGUCCUGCUUCCCACUACGCUGCGAUUGGAACCCUCUCAGGCCACCUGUUGUUUGUUGAUCUGAGCAGCGCGGGGCGACCGCGCCUCGUCCUCAAGAUCCAUCUGUACCGCAGGCCCGUGGACUGCCUGGUUUUUGACGAAGGAGGAAACAUUCUUGUCUGUGCGUCCGAUUCCCACAUCUUCCUACUGGACGCCAAACCGUCGAAAACAUUUGCGGUCAUAGGAUACACAGUCGCUCCCGGCAGGCCCGUUCUAUCCCUGUCCACCCAACACAAGAGAGGUUCUGAGCGGGUGCAGGUUCUAGCGCUGUGCCCCGGACCCAAGGACCCCAAGAACGGAGGGGGAGGAGGAGGAGGAGGAAGUUCAUGCGUGCUGGGCGUCGGGGAGAUCUUUGCGUGCUGCGAGGAGCUCAAGACUUUGCAGAGAUUUAAAGUGCCCCAGGAUGCAGGCGGUGUUCCCGGGCCAACGGUGUGCCAGCUGGGGCCGGAGGAGGAAGUGGAGGGUCAUCCUCUGGGGCCCAGCCUCCUGGCCCUGUCCCCUCACGGCUCCUGGCUGGCGUCGGUGGGAAGGGACGGCCUGCUGCGACUGCGCACCACCGCCGCUCUGGAUAGGUACGCUGAGAUAGAGUGUCACUCGUGUCGCCUGGGAGGCGCUGGUGGCCUCUCCUUCUCUGCCGACGGCCAGACGCUAGUCACUGCAGGCUUGGGGGACGGUUCCCUUGUCUGCACUAGGCUGAGAACUGAAACGUCUGGCAGCUCAGAGGCCGGAGAAGCCACAUAUUACUGCCAAAGUGCCGCUCGGCAAUUGGAGAACGUCCUGAAAGUAGAGAAUGCCGCGCUGGGGGCCAUGACUGAGGGCCCCCAAGGGUCCUUGCCUCCUUUAGGCUCCCCACGCCCAGGGACAGAGGAGGUCAGUGAGGUCAGUGACGCCACGGAGAUGUCACCAGAGCUGGACGAGGGGGACCCCAAUUUGACCUUUGACCCCACCUGGCUGGAAACCAGAGAAGAGGCGGUUUUGGAGGCGGAGCAGCAACGGUAUUCCGAGAAAAAGGAAGAAAUAAGAAAAGGCAUAAAACAAUUGCUUGACACUAGUGGGGAGAGGAUGCGGGCGAACGAGGAGCUCCCAGAUAUCUGGCGUCUGGACGGGCACGAGUUCAACUUGGACGUGGGCGAGCAGAGGAGGUUAGAGGUCGACGGAGAGCGGGAGGUCGCCACGGUGAGGGAAGAGAUAGAAAUGGGGAACCUGGCCAAAAGCUACCUGCGUGAACUCCUCAAAAGAGACUGCUGGGACUCCAUGAAGGUGAAAGGAAAGGCCAUCAAGGGCUUCCAUUCUGUCCUUGAAGUGAAGAACUAUCCGAUGAAGGAGCGAACAGAGAAAGAACUGGACGAUCUCCUCAGGGUGGAAAGUAUCAGAGCCAUAGAGACGGCCAACCGCAUUACCCAGCAGGACGUCCCGCACAGGAGGCCCAGCGGAGGAGAGGAGGGAGAGGAGGGAGAGGAGGGAGAGGGGGGGGGAUACGACGUCCAGGCCGCAGCUCUGACCGGGAGCUUCGCGGGCCAGCUCGGCUGCUCGAACCUCCACCUCUACGAUCAGUUCAACCUGCACGUCACAGAGCAGAAGAUCAACCAGAUAACUCUGCUCCAGGAUGUGAUCUGCAAAGUCAAGAAGGCGUUCAACGGCGAGUUCGACGGCGUGCGCAAGCAAAAGGAGCAGGAGAUGAGCCGUGUCCGGGAGAAGAACCGGCGCAUGGCGGAGAUCAUGGGGGAUUUGGAGGCCAACCAGGAGCUGUGGGAGCCAACCCUUGGGGACAGCGAGCAGCCAGAGAGGGCCCUCACUGUGGAGGACUCAGAGGUAGGCCUAGAAAAGUACCUCACCCCGCAGCAAAAGAAGAUUGAGGAGGAGAAGAAAAAACUGGAGGAACAAAUGCUUUUGGCUGCCAAGGGAGAUAACUCCAGAGACAGAGGGCUGGGGGACAUGAUGGGAGGGGCCAUUCAAGUCAAGAAAGAAGACAUCUUGAAGAAGGAAGUUAUUCAGCCUGAGUUUGCUGUGAGCAAACCGGAGCUGCAGUGGAGCGACGAGGAGAAGAAGAUCUACAAAGACUAUGAGAAGAAGGCCAAGGAUCUCAGUGAAGAGCAGGACAAAUACAAGAAGACACUGGAAAGUGAAAUGAAAAAAAUGCAGGCGUCCAUAUUGGAGUCAACACAAGGGUUUGAUGAAGUCUUGGCCAAACUGUUCGAGAGGAAAUUGAAAUCAGAGACGGUUAUAUACCAGGAGGAGCUGAAGAUAGCCCACCUGGUGUACUCCAUGUUGAUAGAGGAAGAGAUAAGGAACCGGGAGAGAGAGCUGGUGCUCAGCAUGGAGAGGAGGAGGGCAGACAAGAACGCAAUCGUGGAGGAACUGAGGAAUGUGAGCGAGGGUGUGGAGCUCUGUCGAAAGGCCUAUGACAACGUGGUGGCUGAGGACAGAGUGACUUCUGGACAAGGGUUUAGGAAGCAGUUCUUCGAUGUUCAAGCACAUGUGGUGGAUCAUCUCUAUAAGCUGUUCAAGCACAGACCCAGAGUCCAGAGGAUGAGGGACCAAGCGGACAACAAGCCUUUAAUAAGCGCUUCUCGCUGGGCGGGGGCUGCCAGCGACGGCCUGGGCCAGAUGCUGCAGGCCAUGGAGGAGCUGGACUCCCCGGAGAACACCCCCGCAGGCCUGGAGCCGACCGUCUGGGAGCGCUUCUGUCUGGUCCGCAGGGCCAAGGUGGAGGGCGAACAGCAGGUCGAGUCCUAG